UGCAAGUUCUGUACAACUUGGAAGCAGAAGUGAACAGCUGAAGAUGGAGGUGGAGAAGAUUGACAUGUCUCUUGAUGACAUCAUCAAAUUGAACAGAAAAGAACAGAGAGGCAAAGGAAGAGGUCGUGGACGAGGAGCCAGAGGUGGACGCGGCCGGGGUGUAUUAAGUGUCAGGGGCAUGUCUGCUGGACGAGGAAGAGGUACCACUCGUGGUGGUAAAGUUUCCACUCGUGGUAGUAAAGUUUCCACUCGUGGUAAUAGUCUUAAACGUGGUCAGUUGAAAAAGGCAAGAGGAGGUCAGACCACCUUCAAAGGCAGAGGACAAAACCAGUUUAAACAAUUAAAAACAAAUGCAAGUGGAUUCCGUGGAAGAGGUCGAGGCCAGCAGGGUCAAAGGAGAGGUCGAGGAGGAAAUUUAGCUGGAAUCAGUCCUCUAAACAGGAGUGUAUCAGACCUACGACAGAAUGUGACUGGUGGUGCAAAACAGGGAGUGAAACAGACCUUACAACAGCGUAGGACUAAAGCACUACAGGCAUUGCAAAAUGCCAAAGAAACAUUAGCAAAAAUACAGAUGCAACAGAAAGCUUCCAGACAGAAUACUGUAAACAAUAGGAGAGGAUUACAGACUCAAUAUACUUCAACAGAAUACAGAGGAAGGGGCAGAGGUCGUGGUCAGGGAACAACCCGAGGACGAGGUGCUAGGGGAAGAGGAGCCCGGGGGAGAGGACAGGUGUAUAUCAACCAAAACUUUGCAUCUCAGGAACAAUAUGGGAGUACCACCUCCCUAGCAUCACAAAGGCAACGCAAACGUAGACAGUGGCGACCAUCAAAUAACAACACUCAAGACAAUAUCCUCUUAGUACAUGUAAAUAACCAGAAACCCCUCCAGAGAUUGAAACAGCAACAACAGAAAAAACAGCCUACCUUUAGACAGCAAAUUGUGAACCUUAAGCCAUCCCAAAGCCAGUCAUUUAACAUGCAGAAAAAGAUCUUUGCACAGAACUCUACUGGAGUAAGUCUAUCUGAUCGAUUUGCUGGAGGAUCCAAGAACUUUGCUGGACCAAGUGGUGAUGGAAGAAAAGUUUUCUUUUAGGGUUUGAUAAUAAACACUUCAAGGCAUUUCAUAGACAAUAUGACAGUGUUUCAUUGUGAAUAUGAAGGGAGUACAGUGGUAAAAUAACAGCAACUCUGUAUGAAUAUGAAGAGAGGAAAUUGAUGGAAGUAGUGUUUGUGUAUGGCGUGUGUGAGUUCCAAUUAAGUUUCAUUUUAAUAUAUUUAUCAUGUGUGUUUGAAAUAAAUAUAUCAUUUUCCGUCUAAGUUUUGAAAAAAACAUUUAACAUAAUUUUCAAUUUUUGUUUGAAACUCUUGUACAUCAUUUAUUUUUGUAUUAGUGAAAUUACAAGGUUUUUUGGGUCCUCAAGAAGUGGGUAACUUUUAUAGACAAUGCUCUGUUGGGCACCACUAUCACAAAACUAUUGAUUCUUCAGAAAUCUUAAGUACAAAGAUGGCACUACCAUGGUGGACAACAGCUAAAUUGUGACACUUAUCCUCAGAAAACUUCUGUUCAGUUACACAGCAGUAUAGUCAGAUGUGGUCAUGUCAGCCAACAAGACAUAAUAAAAAUAUACAGCAGUUUACCGUAAAGGUUGUUAAUUUCAUAGGGUACUAUGCUUUUCAAUAUUUGAGGUUUGAAUUAAAACAAAAUAUGUAAUCUGAUUAUAGAAUUAACAUGGUAAACAACCUGUGUAAAAAACAUCAUUUUAUUGAAGAUUUUGAUAAAACUGCACAAAUUUUCAAAAAUCAUAAAUAAGCAGGCUCUUGCAUGUUCUGGAAUCGAAAGUUUGAAAAUGAUAUUCAUAUAGUUUGUUAUUGUUUUGUUGAAAUAUUUUGAGUUUUAAGAUGUAUUGAUUGUAAUGACUGCAUUUUCUGUUAUGGUUUACAGAAUACUCAUUGUCAAUUUUUUCAGAGAAUUGACAUUUACACAGGACUUAAAUACAAUUCAACCACAGUGUAUACCUAUCAUUACAAGGCCUAGGAUACUUACAGAUGAGUUCUAAUAUACCUAUCAGGUUUGAGUCGAUGGGUUUGGAUACCGAGAUACAACUUUGACUGACAUUAAUUACAAGACCUGGAUCAGUGGUGUGUAGUAUGUUCCUGCACCAAAUAAAUAACAAAUCUUUUUUUCAUAGCAUAACAACCAUAUUAUUUUUAACAUUAAUAAAUUAUCUUUAUUUCCACUAUCUGUUUAACCCUGGGGUAGACAUAUUUCUACUCUGCCAAUGGUGUAACUGCAGGGCUUUUUCAACUCAUUUUAGAAUUGGCUUUUUAAUCUAAAUUAGAAGUUGGGGGAAGGUUGUGCUAUCAAUUUGGAAGAAAGUUUCAAUGAAUAAACUAUAUAUUUUUGGAAUUUGAUGGUCGUAUGAAAUAAAGCCCUUUGGUAAUUGGGUCCAUAUUUGGUCCAACAGUGCCCCCAGAAAAAGCCUUGAAGUGCCUUUCCCUCUUUUAUUUGAAAUUAUCCUAAAGGUUUAAAAUUGGAUAUCAAAUAACGAGAUUAUCACAAGUGACAGACUACAGUUUUGUUCAUCAUCAUAAUUCAUGUAAUAUUAAUGAUUGCUUUACAUCAUAUUUAUGAUUUUAUAACAAUUAACACAUGUUUUGAAUAAAAAGAUAAACAAAUAGUUUGAGCCAAAGUUAAUUCAGAGUGAGUUUGUUGAUUAUUUUGGCGCUGUGAUUAGGUGUGAAACAGAAAAGUAUGCAGGGCAAUGAAAUAAAAUAUCAAAAUUAAUCCAGGCAAGUUUCAGGUAAUUGAAACUUGAUUUGAUGAAGUAAAAAUGUGUAAUACAAAUUACCAUUGCUAAGAUUUGCAUUCAUGAAAGUAAAGAUAUUUUUUUUAUCUUUACUUUCAUAAGUGCAAAUCUUUAUUUUGGUAUUCUAAAGCUAACAUACGAGGGCUGAUUGAUAAGUUUUUUGAGGGUUUGAUUUUUUUUACAUAAACUGACUACAUGACUGUAGUCUUUGGGUACACAGACUUAAUUAGUCAGAGAAUAGAAGCAGUGAAAUGCUUAGCUUCUUUAAUACAAGACUCCCACCUUAUCAAUCAGCCCUUGUAUGAAACAGGAACUGAACAAAACAUCUUAAGGAUUGUGACACAAGAAUGAAUUAUGAUGUGUUAUUAAAAAUUGAUAACUGAGUAGUCAUUUACUGAGUACGCUGUCUUAAAUAGAAUGAAAUAUGUAAUAAAUCUUCAGCUUGAGUUUGAGUUUCCCAUUAGUUAUAGCCAAAAGAACAUCAUUUCUUUCUAUAACAGUUAACUUAAGAAGAAUUUUAUGUUUUAAAGGAAAGUGUCAAGCUACUUUAUUACUUUGAUACUCAUAUGAAACAAUAUAACAUGAAAUGAUAGAAUAAAACUUUGGAAUUCAGAUGACUGAUGAUAAGAGUCUUGAAUUUAUAAAUUGUUUCCUUCUCCAACAGGUGGAGAAAUGCUGUCGGUGAUAUUGGUUGAUAUAGAUAUCAACCAAUUUAUGAUGAAUUAUGUUAAAUCUAAAAAUAAUUAUUUUUAGUGAAAUCAGUUUGUUAGAUAAUCUUUCAAAAAACUGACUUGCUGCUUAUUUUGUCCUGAAAUUAUUUAUGGAAUGAGUUGUCUUUUCUUCUGUUUUUUUUUUUUUUAAAUCCACUAUCAUCUGAUGAUGAUCUUUUCAUAUUGCCCUUCAUAGGUGGUCUAUCUAGAAGAGCAAUAAACUGGAUAGAUAAUUUUCAAAUUUCAUAUGUAGGUUCUCCUGGGUCCCUAGUUGGGCAUUUCUUAUUUUGGGACUGAUCUGAAAAACAAAAUGGUGGAUUGGCAGUCAUCUGGGAUUUUGACAAUCCGUGUAAAAGAUUGUUGUUGCUAAUUUUAUGAGAAGUACUGGAUGCAUUUUUCUCAAAUUUCAUCGUUAGAAAACAAAGUAAAGAUCAAAGAACGGUUGGCACCAAGAUUCCCUGGGAAAUCUUGUAUUAUUUAUAGUAAAUGAUUGAUUACUAAAUUUUCAGUUUGAUGAAAACAUAUUUUAAGUACUUUUUACUACAGACUAAAACAGUUUGUACAUCUUAGUAUCAGUUACCUCUUUUACAGGAUAUGUGAGCGUAGUGAAGGUAUAGUGUAGGAUGAUUGUGUAUUUUACAGAAGAGUGUAUAAUGAUACUAGUAUAUCCUUUGUUUUAGUCUCAUACCCAUUAGAUUCAUAUCAUAAAUGAUUAAUUUGUUAAA